AUGGUGGACUCCGACAGAAACCAGACUGGUAACUGGAACAACGACCCCAACAAUUUCGGCGCCCAGGGUGGUGGCAACCAAAACUACGGCCGUCGUGAUCAGGGCCUCGGCGGCGGCCAGGGUGACCAGGGUUUCGGCGGCGGCCAAGGUGGCGGCCAGGACUUCGGCGGCGGCCAGGGUGGCCAGGGCUUCGGUGGCGGUCAGGCUGACCAGGGCUUCGGCGGCGGCCAGGCUGACCGCCGCUUCGACCAAGGGGUCGACCAGAACCAAGGCUUCCCUAAUCAAGGGGGCCAGGGUCGGGAAUCCCGCGAUCAAGGCUUUGGAGGGCAGGGAGGCGGCCCCCAGGACCAAGGCUACCAGGGCAGCGGCGCAUACGGGGGAGGUGCCCAGGGCGGGUAUGGCGGUGCCGGACAGGACAAUUUCCAGGGCGCGCAAGGCGAUAACACGUACCAAGGCGACCAGCCUGGCGGUGCUCCCGGGGGUAGAGCCGGCGGCAAGCCAUCUAUGGCCCAACGUGUCGAGGGCAACAUGGAGAAGAUAGCUGGCAAGGUGACCCGCAACCCCGGCAUGGUCGUGCGCGGCGAAGAGAAGAAGGAGGGAUAUUGA